UUCCACGUCCUCGACGCAAACUAGCAACCUCAAGAGAACAGACCAGCACCAGCUUUCUUCUCCAAGUCCAGUUCCUUCUACCCAUUGGGCCGGCCGCCAUUGAGAGUUUGCUUCCUCCGCUCCGUGUCAUCUCUGCAGGAAAUCCGCCAUCGCUCGCCAGGGUGUACUGACCAUGUCUGCGAUGCAAUCAUCGUAUCUUCCUGCUACCACUGAGUCAAUUGCAAUGGCUCAGGAAGCUAAGGAUGCUUCAGAGUCCAUUUUAAUCCUCUACCGUGUGCUUGAAGACCCGUCUUCUUCUUCAGAUGCAGUUAGAACAAAAGAAGUUGCCAUUACAAAUCUGACAAACUAUCUCACAAAAGAGAACAGAGCCGAGGAACUUAGGAAUCUGUUGACCCAGCUCAGGCCAUUUUUCGCACUGAUUCCCAAGGCAAAGACCGCAAAGAUUGUGCGUGGCAUCAUUGAUGCCGUUUCCAAGAUACCUGGAACAUCUGAUCUUCAGAUCUCACUCUGCAAGGAGAUGGUGGAAUGGACACGUGCAGAGAAACGUACCUUCCUGAGGCAGCGUGUAGAAGCAAGACUAGCAGCCCUUCUUUUGGAAAGUCAGGAGUACACUGAAGCUCUUACCCUUCUUUCUGGUCUUAUCAAGGAAGUGAGGAGGCUGGAUGACAAAUUGCUUCUUGUUGACAUUGACCUUCUGGAGAGCAAACUCCAUUUCUCUCUAAGGAACCUUCCAAAGGCCAAGGCUUCUCUGACUGCCGCAAGAACUGCAGCGAAUGCCAUUUAUGUUCCGCCAGCGCAGCAGGGCACUAUUGACCUGCAGAGUGGAAUCCUUCAUGCUGAAGAGAAGGAUUACAAGACCGCCUACAGUUACUUCUUUGAAGCGUUUGAAGGGUUUAAUGCACUGGAUGACCCUAAGGCCAUCUUCUGCUUGAAGUACAUGCUUCUGUGCAAGAUAAUGGUCAACCAAGCUGAUGAUGUUGCAGGAGUAAUCUCGUCUAAGGCAGGCCUGAAGUAUGUUGGUCCUGAUGUGGAUGCUAUGAAAGCUGUUGCAGAUGCCUACUCAAAACGAUCUCUCAAGUACUUUGAAACCGCUCUUGGUGACUACAAGGCCCAGCUGGAGGAGGAUCCUAUUGUCCACAGGCACCUCUCGUCUCUGUAUGAUACCCUCCUGGAGCAGAACCUGUGCAGGCUGAUUGAAGCCUACUCAAGGGUGGAUAUUGCGCACGUAGCAGAGAUGAUCGAGCUGCCAAUCGAGCAUGUUGAGAAGAAGCUGUCACAGAUGAUCCUGGACAAGAAAUUCGCAGGGACUCUGGAUCAGGGUGCGGGCUGCCUUAUCAUCUUCGAAGACUCCAAGACGGAGGCGAUCUUCCCAGCUACGCUGGAAACAAUUUCGAAUGUGGGGAAGGUUGUCGAGAGCCUUUACAUGAGGUCAGCAAAGAUCAUGGCCUGAGGAGAUGUUUUGUUCUUACCCGGCGUCUCCAGUUAAAUCUUACACUUGAGCUCUGCUAGUGUCUCGAGGACAUGAAAUCCCUGCGUGUUGCCAUUGUUUCUUCCUUGCAAAUUGUCUUCUGUUAGCUCUAUAAAAUUUCUAGCCUCGUGGACAAGAAGAUACCGUUGUUUCUGCGUGAUGGAAAUACAGUUAGCACUUGCUGAUAUCAACCAUUUCCGUUCUAGUGCAAUGUGCAAUGUUCUGUUGUUU